AUAGAAUAAGUACUAAGCAGGGAGAAACAGAGGUGCCAAUUUUCACAAUUGCAUUUAAAUCUUAAAUUCUGGCUUGAAAAGGUAUUAGUUUGUGUGACUUCACCGAGACUAGUUGCGACUUUCCUCAAACCACUAUACGCCGAUUAAAAGAUUCUCAUUUCCAGCGAAUGUAAGGACCUCAAACGACUAUUCUGACUUUAACGCGAAAAUCCAUUUAGCAAAGGCCCGAAUAUAAUUAUCAACAUCUGAUAAACUUCAUCGGAGAAUUGUAAAGACUCUAGAGCCAUUUAGCUAUACAGGGCUAAUGGAUUCUAGCUGGCGCGGUUUAAAAAAAUGUCACCUUGUUACAAUCAUUUCUUGUGAUGAGGUUUCCUUAAACCUACCAAAUCUCCCAUUAUGUAUUCUUGAUACUUUGAGGACGGUCAGUUUCGCAUAACUGGUUUUACUACAAAACAUAAAAGGUACAUCUUCGUGCUUUGAUUGUGGAAGAAGACAGGUUGCAAUCGAGCCUACAAGUGCAGCAUGGAUGGCGACCGUCGGUUCGAGGUCGCGGCUGACUCAUUUAAAGGGCCAUUAGAUACAUCAAUAGGAGGCGUUUAAGACACUUAACUAUAGAAUGCUUUCAACAAGCUAGCACAUAAGUAUAAAGCAAUAUGACAAACUUGGCCUAUUUCAUACAUAUAUCGAUCCAGUGUGGUUGAACGUGUUUGUUUUACAUUUGGAAAUUCAGGACAUAAGCCCAUUAAGGCAAACAGUCUUAAGUGAAGCAGACGAUCAAGGCAGUGUAAAGAUAAUCAACUCUGGAAAAGCAAUUACUGCAGGCAGAGAGUGAGUUCAUGCAAGAGAACAGUCGUGAAUUUCUGUAGAUUUUCAUCAGGAUGAACAUUUUGAAGGUCAUAUUGGCUGCAAUGGUUUUUAUCUUCAAUGAUCAAAGCAAGGCUGAAAGAAUGAAGGAAAAAACUAGCUGUGAAAAUUAUGCCAAAAAUAUCCGAAAGUACUCUCAACUUGAAAGUAUAACCCUAAACAACAGAGAAUUAAAAGGAAUUUGGACAUCAUCAAGUUGCGAGGCUUACCACGGACCACAGUUCAUUUUGCGAAAGUACGUCAUAAGGCAAGAUGGCAGGUGGAGUGCUGAUUACUACCAUUUCAAAGACGGUUCGUGCACCGUUCCCACAUUCACUGUUCAUAUGAGUGGGGUUUUUCGCGUUGGAGAGAAGAAUUCACUUGGUGGAUAUCAAGGAGAUUUCACGUCCAGGUCCUUCUUGCUCGUACCACACGACAAGACUUCACUUAUUGAAUUAUUGAAGACUGCAGAGCAGUACUGUCCAAAAGCAAGCCUACCUCAAUUACAAAAGGACAGGUCCGGGGAGGCAACUAUAAAGAUGCUAAAAAACUACACCAUGACCAAGGAUGUGUAUCGAAACGCAAUGUGCCGAUCGAAAUUUGGCAUUCACCUUUACACACAUAAACUCCUGCGAAUCUUACGCAAUAAGCGAAGGAGCAAUGUAGAUGAUUUGCUCUAUUUUGGAGAGACCCCCACACAACCAAGUCGGAGAAGUUUUGUGCCAUCUGCUUAUCAUUUCCCUUUGAGCAGGUCAAGUUCUAGUUGCAAGGUCUGUAAGAAGUUGGAAUCGGCUAAACCUGAUGAUGUUAUCAGAUUGCCGCUUCCACGAAAAGAUAUGCGCAUUGAGGGCGAAUGGACUAGCGUUUCAUGUCAAGCUGUUUCGGACACGUUCAUGUCACGUUACUUAAAGUUUUCCCGGCCGGACAGUAAGGGAAGACGGACGUGGAAACUGGUGUACUACUUCUAUCUUGACUCUUCAUGCAAAGUUCUUAGCUAUAAAAUUGCAGCGAGAGGGAAAUACAGCACGCCAACAAAGUCUGGUCUUAUUGCAGGAGCAUACAACGUUGCUUUCAAUUUAACAGAUACUGAAAUUACGCCGUACGAAAUGCUGAUUGUUGAGCUACUGCAGGCUGAGCCCGAGGGAACAUGUGGAGUUUCUUCGAGAUGGAAAGCAGGGGACACUCAAAGCGUUAAAUCAACACAAGGCUGCAGAAUGUUUAGAAUAGGCAUCCCUUCAAUUGAGUAUGAUGUACUGAAGGCGGUAAAGAAUGAUGAUGGAGACAUAGACCUCUAUACAGGACAGAGCUCUACUAUGAACAUUGUACCAAACACACCAGACAAGAGACCGUCCUCGUUUCAGAUACCACUACGACGAUGUGCCGAUGUCGUCACUGGCGCUGAUGACCAUUCACCCCGUCCAACAAAUGCAGUCAAAACACGAAAAAUAGACUUGAGCAUUCUAAAAUUUACUAUUCCAAAGGAAUUCUUUCUUACAGAUGGUCCUAAGAAAAGAGAAACGGAACCCGCCAAUUCAAAUCAAGAUGUUGCUUAUGAGCAGAGUUUCAACUCGGCAAUGUCGUUGAAGGCUUACACUAACAUUGCUCUAGUUCUGAUCUGGACAAUGCUAUGCGCACUAUACUUGAUGUGAUGCGGCAGAGAGUCCCUUGCCCCGCCGUUUUGUAACCGUUAUCUGAUGAACAGUUCCUUUCGAUCCGAGCGACCGAGUUGGCUUGGUUAACAACUCUAGCUGACGUUAUUUUUGUAAAAUUCAUCGUCCACUUGGAUAAUGAAAUAAACAAAUGAGACACAGGAAGGAAUCUAAAUAGGUUGCUCGCGAUUAACCGUGACGGACUUCUUGUGUUGAUUUUGGAAUCUAACGAGAUACGAAUGGGCAUUUACUUGGUAAAUUUGCACUAUUCAGUAACAAUUUUUUUGUAAAUAGGCAUCACAAACGCAAGGGAAGCAAUAAUUGUUAGUUCAAGUAACUAUUUAGAUAUAUCGUAGUUCGGUAUCCAGUUAGAAGAGAAUCUGUUAUUAGUUCGCUAAGUUCUUAAGUUGGUAGCUUACAUUUUCUCCAUUUUCAUGUGAAGUUUUACGGCUUUUCGCUCAAGUUUUGUUUAGAAGAAGAUUAAAUUUAGUCAAAAAGACAAUGAGCUAUAACCUUAAGUAAAACUGGUGGAGAAAAAAGUGUUGGCAGAUGAAUAACGGUACAUUUUCUUAACAAGUUUACUUUUGAAAGAAAACCCAGGGUUUCUUCAGUGUUUAUUCAAGGUCUGAAAAGAACAACGACCCCUGAACUGGAGAAAAUUUUGAUGAUUAUUCAAAUCAUUUGAAACCAAAGCUGCGAAACCAAAGGUCCAAUGAUCUGCAUGUGUGGCAAAAAGGCUUCAAAAUCCCCACAAAACUUACAUCCCCAUAAACAGGCAUUCCUACACAGCGAAGACAGACCUCGCAUUUAGCCAACAAGUUUAUCGAACCCUUCAAUGCAUUUAGCAUAUCAGCUGCCUGCGAGGCCACAUUGCUUGCAAAGUGAAACAAUAAUUUUGAAGUGUCUUUCCACUAGACCCAGUUUGCUGCCAUUUGUGAUGCCCAAACAUUAAAGCAAAGUAAAACUUGCGAACAAAGAUUGCCCUGGUUACGAGAGCGAAGGUUGUUCUAGUGAAUAUUACGACGAAAGCGAGGCUUAUGGGAAGUCAUGUUUUGAAUAAUAAAUAUACUAGUUUUAGAGCAAAUUUUUUUUGUAUUAUAAAAGAAGUUCGUCUUUCCGAAUAAAAGAUCUCUAUUUGUAGAUAUAUUUAGCUAAUAUUUCAUAAAAAAAAUCAUUUAAUGCUUACAGCUAGACCACUAAAAUUAUAAAUGUAGUUGAUAACUAAC